ACAAAUAUUCCGCAUAAAUAUUCCGCAUUACAACUCCAGAGGGAGUGUUCUAUAAAGGGUUUCAGCCAAGAGAAGGAAAUAAAAAAUAAAAAGGGAAAAUGGGUUGUGGAAGAGUUUGGGUUAUGAGGUUAAGGGAAACGAAGGCCAGGUACUGUCAGGAUAAAGAACUGUCAAUGGUAAUAGCAGCUGAUUGGAUGGUAAAUGUAAAACUUCCAGAGUAUGGUCCGGAUUUUUUCAAAAAUAUAGCGGAAGAAUUUGAUUUCGAUCCCGUUGAAAGAAGAUAUUCUAGGAAAUUACCCAAACAAUUUCGAACCAACCCUAUUCUUCACCGCAUUGGCUUCCCUGGCGUUUCGUUUCUAAGGGUUCCACGUUUUGAUAUACUGGGAUAUUCUGAGCCAGUCAUAGUGUCAGCAGAAGAGUUGAGUGCUAUUACUGAUAAUUUCAGCCCAAGGAAUUUAAUUGGAAUAACUCAAUUUGGCAAAGUUUGCCGUGGAACAAUUGUUGAAAACUGGGAUCGAAUGAAACCUCGGCAAGUGAUGGUGAAGAUUUGGGAAAAUUGUUAUAGGACGCCGAGAUGUAUUAGCUGUGAAGAAGCUGUUGAUGUGUGCACUGUAUAUAACUUCGAACCACUGGAUACAGUCCAUAACUUGAUUAAAAAAGAUGAUUUUUCAUGGACUCAAAGGAUUAAAGUAGCCCUGGAGCUUGCUCGUGCGCUUCAAUGUUUACAUGGUGCAGAAAAGCCUUAUUUUGUUCGCAACCUUAUUCCAGCUCAUAUAAUAGUUGAUAAGAAUUACAGCCCAAAAAUAUUUGACUUCUGUCAAAUGAGUGGGGGAGUUCUUGGUAAAAUUACUUAUGGGAAAAGAGUUCUUGGGUUUUGUCUUGGCUAUGAGGAUAUAAAGCCUGAAGCAGUAGAUGAUCAAUCAUUAAUCUACCAUGAUGUCUUCUCGUAUGGUAACAUACUUCUGGGGUUAAUAUCUAAACAAGUUACCAACAUCUAUGAUGAUUUUAUGAUGGAUUUUAUUGCACAUGAAUGGGCACGGAAGGAGUACAAGCCUAAAUGUUCUCUUGUGCAUCCAAGUCUUGUAAAAGACUCUGGUUUUCAUGCUGAUGAUGGUAUUGCAAUAACAGAACUCGGGAUGCGCUGUAUUGACCUUGAGAUGGAUUGUCGGCCAAGCAUGAAAGACACGGUUAAAUCUCUGGAGGAUUUACGAAUAUGUGAACAGGAGGAUCUACAAGUCUGCAAGCAAGAGGAUUUACAAGUAUGUGAACAAAAGGAUUUACAAGUCUGCAAGCAAGAGGAUUUACAAGUUUGUUGACUCAUUCACGGUGCAGAUUACAUGUGAUAUGUAGGUUAUAUUUGCUCUAUUUUUGUUUAUGAUGUGAUCUUUGAGAUUAUAUCAUGUCCAUACUGGUUAUCGUUUGUCUUUUUUUGUUGCCGAUGUGAUAUUUGGGAUUAUUAAUCAUAUCCUGUCCAUUUAUUAAUGUAUUGAAAGUAGUGAAAUUGAAGUACAGUGGACAAGGUUGCGCC